AAAGGGAAGCAAGCUUGAAAAAUGAAUUGCCCCAAGCUUCUGAAGUUUGCUUUGGGUAGCCAGCUGCCUCUUUAGUCAGAGUUUCCACAACCAGGUACUACUCCGCCUGUGGCCCUGGAUAGUUACAAAACAAAGCUCGAACCCAAACCCGCCACCAUCAUAGUACUGGAGAUUAAACCUGGCCUUGAAUUUAUGAUUCUCCUGCCUCAGCUUCUUGAAUAGCUGGGAUUUACAGGUCCUAUAAUUGCUGUGGAAAAUCUGUAAAGCCAUGGCAUCUAAGAAAUUUGCUGUUAAAUGUGGGAAUUUUGCUGUCCUGGUGGAUCUUCAUAUAUCACCGCAAGGUUCAAACAAAGAUACCAGCUGGUUUUCGGAACAGAAGAAAGAGGAAGUCUGUUUGCUAUUAAAAGAAACCAUUUAUUCAAGAGUUAAGGAGUACUUGGAAGUUCGUAAACAGCACAGGCCAUCAAAUGCAGAAUUCACAAGAUCCAGUCCCUUGUCCUUAAAAGGUUAUGGCUUUCAGAUCACAGCCUAUUUUGUCAGGAGAGGGAUACACCUCCGCUGCAUCGGGAGCUCACAGAAUACUGAACUCUGUGUAUUCCCCGACAGAUUUGUGGUGUGUGUUAGUCAGCUUGCAUUUAAUCGUGACAUUUUGGCAAGUCAGAUUGAAGAAUCGACAGAAAGAGCUCUCCACGGAGUGUCUGAUUAUUUUGCUGAGUGUGCGGAGAGUCCACUUCCUCCCAGUGCAAAGCUCAAGAGAAAUGUUCUGAAAGAAAUUGUGAAAAGAACAGAAACAAAAAGUAACGUCGUGAACAAAUCACAGACCAGCAAGGACAUUGUGGGAACAUCUAGUGACUCAGUGAUUGCAAAGGUAGCAAGGAGGAGGAAUGAUGGUCAGUCCUUCUCCAGUCCCUGGUCAGAAUCCACAAGACAAGCAAAGGAUUACAUAAAGGCAGCGGAGUGCCACCAGAGGCUUCCUGUUCAAAAGCUGGAAAAUGUUAAUCAGACCCAGCCAGAAGACACUAGCAGCCAGCAAAAACCUCAUCCUGGGGAGCAGUUAAAGACAGGGCUUCUAAGCAGGAGCCCUGUCUAUAGCUGUGAGUCAGCAUCACCAGGUCCAAAGCAAAGUCCACAAGUAGCCAAAACACAACAGAAAUGCAGGAACUGUGGCUCUGCAGAAGAUCUCGACCACCGCAAGAGAGUUUCUCUUGGAAGUGAUCGAUUAGUCCCAGGAGAAAUAAUAGUGUAGAAAAGCACAGCUGUCAGUGUUUUGCCAACUUUAGAGUUGUCAGAUCCGGGGUUACUUUUGAAACAAGAUUUGGCAAAAACCAUGUCUAAGGAAGAGUUGCAUGUUUUGGAAAAUCUCCCCUCCAGACAUCUUAUGAAAAACAACCCAGGGCAGGCACAGCAAACCGACUCAGCCACAAACACUGAAAGACUAUCUGCAACUCAGGGCAGCCCAACCAAGAAAAGAAAGAAAUCACAAAGGAUUGCAAAGUCAUAGUUGAGGAUAAUAGUGGCCAAAUCUGUGACAAGAGAACCACAUGUAUAAAUGCUGAGACUUAAAAGGAAUUAGUUAGAAAGAUUUUUGUUUGUUUGUUUCUGUCUUUAUCACAACAUUGGGGAUCAAACCUAGGGCUUCACACAUCCUUGGCAAGUCCUCUACCACUGAGCUGCAUUCUCAUCCUUCCGAGUAGCUGGGAUUACACGCAUGUACUACCAUGCCUGGCAAAAUUUUUAUAAAAAAUACAUAUCUACAUUUGGGUUUCCUUUCAAGCAAUCACCUUCAGAAGGCUGUUUAUUCUAAUGCUAUUUUCUCAUCAUAUUUCAUAACUGUCUUCAGAAAUUUUAUUGAUAAAGGGCCAUCCACCUUGCUGGAGAGGAAACCAUUUAUGCAAGGACUGCAUGAGGAAACCAGUCUUAUGUUCCUCCUUGACAUGUUACCAUGCCGACCUUGUGAUGGGACACAUGAAUACAGUGCCACAUGCUGCAGUUAGGUUCUAGGGGUAUAGUAGAUCCUCGUGUUCCUCGGCUCAGAAGGGGACAGUGAAAGAAAAAGCCAGUGGUUCUGAAUCACUGAGACCAGCAUCAUUGGAAACAUGAAUUAGAAAUGUGGAUGUUAGGCCCCACCCAAGACCGACAGGAAUAAGCUCUUGGUGACUCUAAAAUAUGCUAAAGCCCGAGACUAGUUGAAAUCUCCCUCAUGUUUAUUUCCUCCAACCUGGCUCCCAUGGCCUCCAGCUCAUCAGCUGGGGCCACGUGUGGACAUGUACACCCUUAUAUUCCCUCAAACUUAUAAAACACCUGGGUUCAGUGAAUGAGUCACUCUGUUCCCAGAUUCUACAGUAUGACAGCCACAGCAUCGAGGGAGCUGUUAGUUACACUUAUAAUUGUCGGAAGUUUACAGAUAAUUUAUCCCAGCAUUAGGGGAAGAAAUGGGAGAGGCUUGUUCUUACUUGUAGCUCAGGCCUAUCCUUGUCCCUGCCCUUUCUUCCACCUCCAAGAUUUUGGUUAGGUUCAGGACAGACUAGAACCCAAGAGGAGCUAAGCAGCCAGAGUUUUGAUUCCCAUUUGAAAGACUUCACAGGCAAUUUAAGUUUCUUCUGUGGUCUCAAACUUGCUCUCAAAAAGAUAAGCCCUUUAACAGGUCAGCCUGGAAGUUUAAUCUGGACCUUACUUGUCUAGUAGAAGAUGGAACAUUUGAUUCUGGAAAUUUUAAACAGUUUCUGCAGAAGAAGUUUAAAGUCAUUGGAAAAACAGGACAUUUCAGGACUAUUCACCUUAAACACUUCGAGAAUAAAAUCACAGUUGUUUCUGAGAAAUAGCUCUCCGAAAGAUAUUUGAAAUACAUUACCAGAAAACACCUGAUGAAUAAAAAUCCUGCUGGUUAGCAGUAGCAAACUCUUGUAAUCCUAGUGAUUCAGAGGCUGAGGCAGGAGGAUAUCAAGUUCAAGGCUAGCCUCAGCAACUUAGGGAGGCCUUAAACCAUUUAAUAUCUCAAAAUAAAAAGGGCUGAGAAUGUAGUUGUGGUAAAGUGCCCCUGAAUUCAAGCCCCAGUAUAAGAAAGAAUGGAGCGAGAGAAAGAAAGAUCCUUGUGAUUGGCUUCAUGUGAUUGCAUCUGAUGAGACAUAAACUUAGUUAACUUCCAGAUUAGUCAAGGACAAGAUUAGACAAGAUAAGAGUCUGAGGUCUAGGUCAAGCCUCUUUUUAGAGGGCUUUGAUUCUCAGUGUUAAAGAAUGAAGCAGUCACUCAAUUUCAUCCUAAAGUAAGAAAGAAAUCUUAUUUAAAGACCACCAAUAUGUCUUUUUUUUUUUCUGCUUACCAACAGGUGACCCUUUGAAGUAAUAUCUCCCCUAAGUAUUAAGAAAAAUCAAGGGUAUUCCCCAAAGUGUUAAAAUUAGCCGAAAAGCCCAAGAAAAUAAAAUAGCAUGUGGAUGCUGUUAAUGCUUUCUCCAACUGCAAACUAUCUCUCCCAGUAUCUGCUUUCCCUACUUGGAUUAUACUGGGUGAAGCCCACCCAAAGGGAACCAUAUAUGCCAGCACCAUUGUCAGUCAUGAGGUUCAGUUAUGGCCAGAAAACCUGACUGCUGGGUGUAGGUGCUAUUGCUUAGGUGUUACAACAUCAGCCUGGAAACCUGUCCCCUUCCUGUGCACCCGCAACCCCCAACGUAGCCCUUCUCACUAUGUCCUUUCUUAUUCCUUCCUAGCUAUGUCCCUUGUCGUAACUGAUUCCAACCAAAGAAUUCUAAAUAGGUAAAAAGGGAGCCCAACAGAAUGCUUAUAACCUCAGUGGAGCUGAUUCUGCUUGUACAGUAGGGUUAGACUCUCAGAAUGGAAACUGCCUGAGAAGGUAUUUCACUAGUUAGCCUGGGCUUGAUGGUUAAGACAAAUACUUAAAAUUAUUUUCUUUCAAGAAAAGACUUGGCUUGAGUGUUUGUUAUAUUUGGAGAAAAAACAAUUACUGUGAUCUACUAAGGAAAAUAGCAUCUUUGGGUUGCAGAUAAAUGUGAUCUUUGUCAGACUUCACAUACAAUGGGUUUUAACAGGAUUAACUGGGAGCGACUCAACUCCCACGCUAUGGCAUAUGUUUGAGGAGUUUUGCGUUUAAGCACUUUCCUUCCACAUAUCUGAAACACCCCUGGAUCUCUUGUUACUUGAGUGGUUGUCUGAUACUUUAGACAUUUAGACAUACUAAGAGGAAAAUGGAUGCUGGGGUUUUUUGCAGAUUACUAGAUGGAUAUGAAAAGUUCUCUAUUGUUGGAAAUAGUGUUUUGACACUCUUAAUAAUUUUAAUUUAACAUCUGAAAGUCUGAGACCCUGUUGAUAUUUAGAGUAGAAAAGAACAAAUUCUUCAACCCGAAUACUCCAAAUGAUAUUCAAGUCCCUGUGAUUCUGAUACUUGGAACAGAUUUGGUCUAAUUUGAUUAAUGUUAUAACUUUUUCUCAGUACCUUGGGUUUAAGCUAUCUUCAUCACCUCCAUGUUCUUCUAAAUAACUUUUUUUUUUUUUAUUGGUACCAGGCUUGAACCCAGGGGUGCUUAUUCACUGAUGCACAUCCCCAGCUCUUUUUAUUUAUUUAUUUAUUUAUUAGUCUUGCUAAAUUUCUGAGGCUGGCCUUGAACUUGUGAUCCUCCUGCCUCAGCCUCUGGAGUCUUUGGGAUUAUAGGCACAGGCCACCACACCUUGCUUAAAUGACAUUUUAAUAGGUGCAUUUUUUCCUCUUUAACAUUCACAUGCAAGCAAGGUCUGGGGACGUGAUUUUUCUCGUACACCUUUUUUUCUCUUUGCCAUGGGGCUUAACCAUCAUCUGGACAAAUAUGUAUAUGAUUCAUUAAAUACAAAGGAGCAAACAUUUGUGGAGGAUGGAGUGCGGCAAUUUUUCCCUUAUUAUUUUAUUCAAGUAGUGUGAAAAGUAUAUUGCAUUAUUUAAAAAGUGAGACUUCUGGGCUGAGAGUAUAGCUCAAUGGUGAAGGAGGUGCUUUUUAUGUGCAAGGCCCAGGAUUUGAUCCCUGGCACCGUGCACAUGCACAUGCACAUGCACACAUACACACAUACAGACUCAGAAAAAACCCUUUUUAUGAUUUAUGGAGAAUAUGACUUAUUUCUGAAUUAAAUAUCCUAAAGUAUAUCUUGGGGGCGACAAUGGGAUCACAGCAUAAUUGUUUUCUUUUUGCUGUCAUGUUUGGAUUUUGGCAUGGAUUGUUGUGCAUGUCGGUGGCCUUUGAUUUCAGAAAGAGCUUGGCGAGGGCAGGCACAUAGGGGAAGGAAACCUCCGUGCCCAAGAGAAUGGCCUGGAAUCAGUGUCUCCACUCCGCAUUUCCUUAAGCUCUUUGGCAGGCCCUGCUGUAAUAUUUCCACAAAACUGUAGUAAGUGGCCCUCCCCUGAGGUAAUCAGCCGCUUUCCUAAAAGCCAAAAAUUCUCUCUUCAGCGUGCUGUGACUUGAAUAUGGAAAUCAUUUUAAUUUCUUCUUUCUUAUGAGGAAAUUUCCAUGCUUGGUUUGUCAAGACGAGAGUUCGUUCCUUGGUAUUGAAACACUAAUGAAUUGAAACAUGUUGAAGCAAGUAAAAAAAUCAAAAUUAAGCUGGUUUCUCUUAAAUAGUUUAAAGCCUUCCUUAGUACAAAAUAAAUUAAGCAUUGUAAAAUGAAGUUAAUUCAGGUAAUUAUUCAGUGCAGAAGUCUAACCAUAUAUAUCAUUGGUAUUGUAAUUUCAGGGUAUAAUUAAAUUCUCUGAAAUCUGCAGAACUCCCUCUAAUUUGGUUUCUAUAUUUAUUUAACAAGACAGGAACAAAUAUGUGUCAAUAUGCAGCAUAACAGAGGGAACUAGAAUGGAUGAAAUUAUCUUUAAUUAUCUAGAACUACUCAGUACCAGGCUUGAAUAAGUUUCAUCUUGCAGCCUAAUGUUACCAUAUUCCACAUUAGCUUAUAAAUGCUAUUGCAACUCCUUAUCAAAAAUUUUUAUAACUUAAGUAAAAAUCAAUAAAACUGUGCAUCUUGACCCUUGAAGCAUCUGAUCAGGUGCCUGCCAGUAUGAAUUUGACAGAUCCCUGGAAUAACUUUGUUUAGCUGAAUUAGAAAGCCAAAACACUGCCAUAAUCACCAGGUGGGCUCUUUUUUCCCUGUUGGUCAUUUGUUUUAUUCUAAACUGUUUAAUUUGAAUAGUUGUCUAGGUGAUGAAACUAUAUGUAUGUAUUGAAAAUGUACCUAUUUUAUGAAUAAAGAUAAAAAUCAUCU